UUUCUUUUUCUUUUCUCCUUUAUUUUUCAUUUCCUCUGUCUUUGCUCAACUCUAGGCAAAACUAUCGUUAACGCCCGUGAUAAAAGCAAUCCUUCCCCCUCAUUUCAAAUUCUGCACAACAGUAAAUUAAUUUCCUAAUUAUCCCUCUCAUUCCUUUCUCUCUUUGCUAAUUAACAAAAUUUAGGGUUUAAGUUUCACUACUUGUUUAUCUCCAUUUCUUGAAGUCCCUCUUCUAGCAGUGCCAGUCCUACGAACUAAGGCAGGUACUACAGAAGACUAGCAGGAAGGAAGUUUAGAUACUCGACAGCAACUUCUGAGAAUGAACCCAGCUAUUCAUGGGGACAGCUCCUAUGCUGCAGUAACUGUUCCUGUCAAGCGGGGGCGGGGUCGCCCGCGCAAGGAUCACAGCCUAAAGCGUGUAAAAACUGCUAAUUUUCCACCGGGAUUUAAACAAACAAAAGAGAUCCGACCCCAACAAGUAGAUACAGUUAAUGUUGCAAAUGUUGGGAUAAUAGGUCAGCCAGCAAAUGAUGGAAUGAUAGGUCAGGCUGUUACAGGUGUUGUCGAAUCUGCAUUUGAUGCUGGUUAUUUGCUCAGUGUUAGGAUUGGCGACUCCAAUACAAAUUUCAGGGGUGUUGUUUUUAAGCCAGGGCAUUUUGAUCCUGUCACAGCAGAAAAUGAUGUGGCACCACAUGUUCAGAUGAUUAAAAGGAACGACAUUCAUCUACCCGUUAGAAACCAAGUUCAGGCAUAUGGCCAUGAUCGGAGGGCUCAGCUAAAUGUAUCAUCUCCAACAACAGCUCCUUCUGUCCCUUUGGUGGGAGCCCGCGGUGCUGUUGUUCCUGUUGUCCUUCAACCUGUCAACCCAACCAAUGGAUUUCCACCUGCUACGCAAGCUCCUCCAGAUUCAUCCCAAGCUGCUCAUAUGACUGUUGCGCCCUUGGCUACGCUGCCACCUAAUGGGUCACUAACGACUAGUCAGGUUACUCAAGUCGGCGACCAAGAAGCACUGGUCGCUGGGCAGGAUGGAGGUAGUUCCCUUGGUGAGGGAGCAACAUUGGUGCAACAGAAAGAGGUUAAGCCAAUUAUAUCUAACAACACAUCUAAACCUGUUGAUAUUGGCGACAUGAAUGAGCUUCCUUCUAUAGGACCAAGCGAUUCUAUAAGUUCCCCUAUUCCUACCAAGAUUACCUCUGUUACAAAACCUUUGAUGAAUUACGGGAUUGGCAGGAUGACAGAGCUUUUACAGGCGGUGCAGGAAAAUCUGAUGGAGAACCAGGUGCUUCAUGCUGGAGAAUCAUCCAUUAGCGACGAGUACAAAAGCUGAUGGUAAAAAAGAGGAAUUAUGUGUUCAGUAGCACAGACGUCCUCAAGUUGUGAUAUCUGACGUCUCCCAUCCCCUAGCUCAGAGAGACCUUGACAACAUGUGGUUCAAUGCUUUUGAAGUUGUACCUCAUCGUUCCCAUGAAAUGAGACAUCUGGGUCGGAAAUUGGGCAAGUGUUGUGAUUCAAAAGCCGCUUGUCUAGCAUGAAGAGGUCCUUGUUUUGUUAUUUUCUUAAUUUGCUUAGACAAAAUAUCUGAAUUUCUUUAGGUGUUGUGAUGAAGAAAUUGUCUAAAAUGCUAACUUAUUCGGACAGGCACUCACAGUGAAUCAUCAAAAAAGAGUAGGAUCAGAGAGGAAGAGUGACUGACCUUUCAAUUUUUCUUUCAUCCUUUCCAAUGGUAGAAAACAAAUAGUGAGAGGCUUCGCCUCAUUUCUUGAUCUUC